GCUGAUUUGAAAGUGGUUCAGUAAGGAUAAUUUCACAAUCCAUAGCUUGAUUUAUUUACCAUUAUCCAUAUAAUUUAAAAGUCACUUGCAUAGUUAAGACGACAUAUGUGAUGUGCAUGUUUUCUAAUCAGGCACUUAAUAGAGUCACUAAAGGUCCUUCAGCAGGUCUUCAGCUCUCAAGCGCCCUGAACAUGUCAAGCGAGCUCAGACCAAAACUGUUUACCAUUACUGUAAAGAUGCUGGAUGUUUAAAACCCUCAUAAAGGAUCAUAUAUCACAUCACUCAUUCCAUAUACAGGGAACAAGUCAGUCUUUGAAAUGAGGAAGAGUCAGAGAUCUUCAUCUCCAUAUCCCAGCUGUGUGUCUAUGAAAAGCAAUCAAUCCAUCAAUCAUCCUCCUAAAUUCAGUGAUGAAGCAGUGACCUCUGACACCAGUAGGGGGAGUCAGAGAACUUCAUCGCCAGAACCCAGCUGCGUGUCUCUGAAGAGCAAUCAAUCUAUAAAUCUUCCUCCUACAUUCAGUGAUGAAGCAGUGACCUCUGACCCCAGAGAUGAUCAGACUGGAAACCAAGAUUCUCCUCAACCAAUGAAUGAUGAACUACAAAGAGUUAAAGACCAGCACAAAACCAGCAUGAAGAACAAGUAUGAGAGAUUAUUUGAGGGGUGAAACUCCAUGAUAAUGAAACACUGCUGAACAGGAUCUACACACAGCUCUACAUCAUAGAGGGAUAGAGUGAAGGAGUGAAUGAAGAACAUGAGGUUUUACAGAUGGAGAAAACAGCCAGAACACAGCACUCACAAUACACUCCAAUCUACUGCAAUGACAUCUUUAAAGCCUCACUUGAACCAGGAUGUGAGGAGAAAGACCAAAUCAAGACUGUUCUUACUAAAGGCAUCGCUGGAAUCGGAAAAACCGUCUCUGUGCAGAAGUUCAUUCUGGACUGGGCUGAGGGAAAAGACAAUCAGGAUGUAGAUUUCAUGUUUGUGCUUCCAUUUCGAGAGUUGAACUUGAUCCGAGAUCAGCAGUACAGUCUUCACAGACUUCUGCUGGACUUUCAUCCUGAACUUCAAGAUCUGGACUCAAAGAUUUAUGAGGAGUGUAAAGUUGUGUUCAUCUUUGAUGGUCUGGAUGAAAGCAGAAUCACACUGAUGUUUUCAGAUGCUCAUAAAGUGAUUUCUGAUGUGACUGAGACUUCAUCAGUGGGUGUGUUGAUGUCAAAGCUAAUGAAAGGAGAGCUGCUUCCCUCUGCUCUCAUCUGGAUCACCUCCAGACCAGCAGCAGCAAAUCAGAUCCCAUACAAAUACAUCAACCGUCUGACAGAAAUUCAGGGAUUCAAUGAGCCCCAGAAGGAGGAAUAUUUCAGGAAGAGAAUCAGUGACGAACAUCAAGCCAGCAGGAUCAUCUCACACAUCAGAAAAGCAAGAAGCCUCUACAUCAUGUGCCACAUACCCAUCUUCUGCUGGAUUUCAUCCACUGUGAUUCUAAAGCUCCUGGAAGAAGAUCUGAAUGCAGAAAUCCCUCAAACUCUGACUGAAAUGUACAUCCACUUCCUGCUGAUUCAGAUCAACAUGAGGAAUCAGAAGUAUGAAGAGAGAGAUCCAGAGAAACUCCUGCAAUCCAACAGAGAAGUGAUUGUGAAACUUGCUGAAGUGGCUUUCAAACAGCUGAUGAAGGGCAAUUUGAUGUUCUAUGAGGAGGACCUGAGAGAGAGUGGCAUAGACGUCACUGAUGCCUCAGUGUAUUCUGGGAUUUGCACUGAGAUCUUUAAGGAGGAAUAUGUAAUUCUUCAGAGCAAAGUCUACAGCUUCAUUCAUCUGAGCGUUCAGGAGUUUCUCGCGGCUUUCUAUGUGUUUUACUGCUAUUUAUCAAAGAAAAUGGAGUCACAUCAGUUUUUUCUGUAUGAAGUCAGAUGUUACAGGUUUGAAGACCCUCUGUUUGACCUACUAGCAUCAGCAGUAGUUAAAACCCUUGAGAGUGAGAAUGGACAUCUAGAUCUGUUUCUGCGGUUCUUGUUGGGCAUCUCACUGGAGUCCAGUCAGAGACUCUUACAGGAUCUACUGACACACACAGAGAACAGCUCAGAGAGCAUCAAGAGAACCACAAAGUACAUUAAAGAGAAGCUCAAGGAUGGACAUGGACUCUCCACUGAAAGAUCCAUCAAUCUGUUCCUCUGUCUAUUGGAAGUGAAAGAUCAGACUCUGUCCAGAGAGAUUCAGGAGUUUGUGAAAUCAGACAAACGCUCAGAGAAGAAACUCUCUUCUGCUCACUGCUCAACAAUCGCCUACAUGCUUCAGAUGUCGGAGGAGGUGCUGGAUGAGCUGGACCUCAAGAAAUACAACACAACAGAUGAGGGUAAAAGAAGACUGGUACCAGCUGUGAUAAACUGCAGAAAAGCUCUUCUUUCUUGCUGUAAUCUCACUGGUCAGUGUUGUGAGAAUUUGUCAUCAGUUCUUCAAUCCUCGAAUUUUGUCCUGAGAGAGCUGGACCUGAGUAACAAUACCAUACAGGAUUCAGGAGUGAAGCUGCUCUCUGAUGGACUGAAGAGUCCAAACUGUCAGCUGCAGAUACUAAGUUUGUCGAUCUGUAAUCUCACUGUUCAUUGCUGUGAGAGUUUGUUGUCAGCUCUUCAGUCCUCGAACUGUGUACUGAGAGAGCUGGACCUGAGUAACAAUGACCUUCAGUAUUCAGGAGUGAAGCUGCUCUCUGAUGGACUAAAGAUCCCAAACUGUCAGCUGCAGAUACUAAGUCUGUCUGGGUGUAAUCUCACUUGUCAGUGUUGUGAGAGUUUGUCUUUAGCUCUACAAUCCUCAAACUGUGUACUGAGACAGCUGGACCUGAGUAACAAUGACCUGCAGGAUUCAGGAGUGAAGCUGCUUUCUGAUGGACUGAAGAGCCCAAACUGUCAGCUGCAGAUAUUGAGGUUGUCUGGCUGUAUGGUGACAGAGGAAGGCUGUGGUUAUGUGUCUUCAGCUCUGAGUUCAAACCCCUCACAUCUGAGAGAGCUGGAUUUGAGUUACAAUCACCCAGGAGAUUCAGGAUUCAAACUUCUCUCUGACAAACUGAAGGAUCCAAACUGCUCACUGCAGCUACUCAAUGUGGAUCAUGGAGGAGAGAUCAUGAUGACAGCAGGACUACGAAAGUAUUCAUGUGAUCUCAAACUGGAUCCAAACACAGCAAACACUCAACUCAUUCUGUCUGAUGAGAACAGGAAGCUGCUGUGUGUGAAAGAGCACCAGCCUUAUCCUGAUCAUCCAGAGAGAUUCAAUAAGGAGAUUCAGGUUCUGUGUGGAGAGAGUCUGACUGGACGCUGUUACUGGGAGGCUGAAUGGGAUGGAUGUGCUGAAAUAUCAGUUUCAUAUAAAGGAAUCAGCAGGAAAGGAGUGAGUGACAGUGUUUUUGGAUGGAAUGACAAAUCCUGGAGUCUGGACUGCUCUGGUUACAGAUUCACUGUCCGUCACAAUAAGAAGUUCACUCACACACCUGCCAUUCAUUCAUCCUCUAAAAGAGUAGGAGUGUAUGUGGAUGUGUCGGCUGGCACUCUGUCCUUCUACAGCGUCUCUGAAACACACACACUCACACACUUACACACACUCAACACCACAUUCACUGAACCCCUCUUUGCUGGAUUUAGGGUUGAUUAUGAAUCUCCAGUAAACUCUUCAGUGUCUCUGUGUCAGAUUAAAACACAGACACACACACAAUUGUAAAUCCUCAUUCUAAAGUCGAUAUGCACACAAAUGUCUCUUCAAAUCUCACAAAACUGUUAUUAUUUUCAGAUAAUUUCUACAUUCAAAACUUGUCAACAAGUCUUUCACUUUCACAACAAACAUUUACAUGGUCAUAGAUUUUACAUGUUCCCUGGUUUUUGUUUCUUGUUUUAGCUAUUUGGACUUUUAUUUUGAAGUGUAUUUUCUGCUCCAGUUGUUUCCAGUGUUGUUGUUCCUGUGUUUAGUUCCUGUCUUACCUUGUUUGUUGCUGUGGGAAUACAAAUCUAAAAAUCGUUUUAAGA